AUGACAAAGUCCUGAUGCGCUUCCUGUUUUAACUCUAGUCAAACUAUCAGCAGUCAGUUGGCUAUUAGAUCUCACCGAUUACCUGUAGUAACCGUUUUUCUGACCCUUCUCCUCCAGCUGUCUCUCUCUAAUGUCCCGAUAGCGCUUUUGGAGGCUCAUCAGGGGCGAUGCGGGCGUUUUGGCGUUGGUUUUUGGGGCUGAUUUGGGUCGGAGUGUCUGCAGAUCGUGCAGGAUCUCCUGUGUUUUCUGAUGAAAUCCCCUUCAAAAUCAAAUGGCCCGGGGCAGACUUCACCCUGUCAACGUCAGGAGGCCUGUACAAAGAAGAUGACUAUGUUAUCAUGACAACUGCGGAAAAAGAAAAGUACAAAUGUUUAUUGCCAUCUUUGUCCAGCAACCAGGAGGAUGACGUGAAGGAGUAUGAUGGACCGAGUCCAGCUGAGCUGCUGGAGCCGUUAUUCAAACAGAGCAGCUGCUCCUACAGAAUCGAGUCAUACUGGACAUAUGAAGUGUGCCACGGGAAGCAUGUACGGCAGUACCAUGAGGACAAGGAGACGGGGCAGAAGAUCAACAUUCAGGAAUACUAUCUGGGUACCAUGAAAAAAGGGAGUGCAGAAUCAGAAAUGGAAAAAUCCAGUGACUCUGAAUCAGAAAGAUCAAACACCAACACACAGGUGCCAACAAAGAAUAUAGAGGGUCAGUUGACACCAUACUAUCCUGUAGAGAUGGGACAUGGGACUGAAUGCUCUCUGAAACAGAAUAACCCUCGCUGUACCACAGUGCUGUACGUCUGCCACCCGGAGGCAAAACAUGAGAUCCUCACGAUCGCUGAGGUCACCACCUGUCAGUAUGAAGUAGUGGUGCUCACACCCCUCCUCUGUCCACACCCGAAAUACAGGUUCAAGUUGUCCCCAGUGAAUGACAUCUUUUGCCAGGCUCUGGGUGGCUCCCCUCUCAGACCUCAGAGUCUGUCCCAGCUGGAUCGUGAGCAGGAAGAGCUGCUCAAACCACCGUUCAGCUCAAGUGGCGAAAGAGAUCAGAGAAGAUCCAGGGAGGAUACAUCUCCAGUGAAAGAAGAGGCAUAUACCUCUACCCAUAAGCCCCUGACAGUGGGUGGGCAAGCCCAGGUCACCGUUGGCACCACCCACAUCUCCCGUCUGACUGAUGAACAGCUGAUCAAGGAGUUUCUGAGUGGCUCAUACUGUCUGCAUGGGGGCGUUGGAUGGUGGAAGUAUGAAUUCUGUUACGGAAAGCAUGUCCACCAGUAUCAUGAGGAUAAAGAACAAGGGAAGAACAUUGUGGUGGUGGGCAGCUGGAACACUGAGGAUCAUAUUGACUGGGCCAAGAAAAACGUGGCACGAUCUUAUCAUUUGAAAGACGAUGGAGCGCAGAAAGUCAAGGUCGUAUCUCGCUUCUAUGGCCGUGGAGAUGUUUGUGACCUAACAGGGAAACCGAGACAGGUUAUAGUCAAGCUCAAGUGUAAGGAGUCCGAGUCUCCUCAUGCUGUUACAGUUUACAUGCUGGAACCUCAGACCUGUCAAUAUGUUCUUGGGGUUGAGUCGCCCGUAAUAUGCAAGAUCUUGGACACUGCAGAUGAAAACGGACUUCUUUCAAUCCCUAGCUAGCCUAGAUGGAGGAAUGGUUAGUUUGGAGAAUGAACAAUA